GUCGUCCGGCGGAAGUUGGGCCCCUGGCCUUGUUGUUACAAAAGAAAUGGCGAGCGGGAUAGGCAAACAUAAGAUCCUGAAUGUGGGGCCAACAGAGCCAUGGUCAGUCAGGGAGAAACUGUGCCUGGCCUCCUCUGUUAUGAGGAGUGGUGACCAAAACUGGGUAUCUGUAAGUAGAGCCAUCAAGCCUUUUUCUGAGCCCGGUCGACCACCUGACUGGUUCUCACAGAAGCACUGUGCCUCACAAUACUCUGAGCUGCUGGAAGCCACAGAAGCUCCUAAACGUAAGCGUGGUGAGAAAGGCGAGGUGGUUGAGACCAUUGAGGACGUAAUUGUUCGUCGGCUGACUACUGAGAGGAUAGAGGAGCUGAAAAAACUGCUACGAGACACGCAAGAACAGUACAGGAAGUUGAAAAAGGAGGUGGAUCUGAUUCAGACUGGUCACAUGGACCCCCAGCUGAAAGAACUGUGGACAGAAAUUACACUAAAGAAGAAGCAGGAUGAGGAGGAAGCAGAGCAGAAGAGGAAAACAACAGAAAUGGCAUAUCAAGCUCGUCUGGCAAUUAAGAACACACCCAAGCGUCUUCCUAGUGUCACUGUUCGUUCCCCUUUGGGUGCCAGUCCCACUAGCUUGGACUCUCAGACGGACUCCUCAGCCCCCACACCGCCCACGGAUCCUGUAGGCGUUGUCUCAGAUGACACCAGCACCCACUCUGUCCAAGGUGUAGGGUUUUUUCUCCCAGUGACAGAGGCUCCAGGCACAGGCCUUAAAGAAGGAGGCCUUGCCGCUCUUGUAGAGGACUCUUCACAGAAAAGGCUCCUUCCUCAGAAAGCUACACCACCGCCCUCUCCUCUCCUGUCGGAACUGCUGAAAAAAGGCAACCACAUCUCAGCCAGCCCCCGCCUUGUUGCUGACGGAGACUCCUCUGGAAGCCUUAGCAAUGGAAUACAGAUUGCUGCUGUUGUCACCACCCCGUUACCUGGCCACGAUGUCACGACAGAGGGGGAAGUUGAAGCGGCAGUGGAGGCGGAGCUUGGUGAGGAGACGGGAUUAGUAGAAGAAGACCUUGUCGCUGUUUCUUACAUGGGAGACGAACUUGAUUUGGAAACUGUAGGUGACAUCAUUGCCAUCAUUGAGGAAAAGGUGGAUGACUCGGUGGAGGCUUUGGAUGCAGCAGCAGUGGAAGCAGCGCUCUCUUUGUGUGAAGAGGCCGUCUCAGAAGGACACACCCUUCCAGGCCCCUGGGAGACUCAGGAACUAAAGGAAUCAGACCCAACAAUAUCCGUCCAAGACUCUGAGCACGUACGGGAGCCUUGUGAUGUGGCGGCGCCAUCUGUCCCAACCCCUGUUGACCUGGAUGCGCAGCAUCAACCAGAAACUACAAGUACAGAGGAACAGAACAAAGGAAACUGUGAGACAGCUGUGACCGAAAGUGACACCACUUUAUGUGCCACCUCGGAUGAUGUCGCUGCUGCAGGUGACGUUACAGAAGAGGGAAUCGAAGGGAAGGCGGACACAAAUGCAGUCGUGAAGAGUGAAGUACAAGGGUGGAGCCAGCCUGAGGCGAACCCGCCAUGCCUCGAUUCUGAGGACAGUUCUGUUUCUGGCAAAGAGUCCAAGGAGGUGAAAGAGGAGGAAGCAGGGAGUGAGUGUGACCCCGAAGAAGGGAUGGAGCUGAAAGAGGACUGCGGCGAGGGAGAGGGUCCCUAUCUGUCCGAAGUUGAGCGGGCAGCCAGCGAGAGUGAAGACGGCUAUGGGCCGCCCUCUCAACGCUACACUGCCGAUUCACUGGCAAGCAGCCCUGCCUCUUCUUCCCAGCUCUCUACAUGUGGUGAGGACCAAGAGGCUGUGCAGGCCCAGAAAAUUUGGAAGAAAGCCAUAAUGCUAGUGUGGAGAGCUGCGGCUAACCACAGGUAUGCCAGCGUCUUCUUGCAGCCUGUGUCAGACGACAUCGCCCCUGGUUACCACAGCAUUGUACACAGACCAAUGGACCUAUCUGCAAUUAAGAAGAACAUCGAAUCCGGUGUGAUCCGUACAACAGCAGAAUUCCAGCGCGACAUCAUGCUGAUGUUUCAGAAUGCUGUCAUGUACAAUUCAUCAGACCAUGAUGUCUAUCACAUGGCCUUGGAGAUGCAGCGUGACGUCCUGGAGCAUGUCCAGCAGUUCCUGGCCACGCAACUCAUUAUGCAGACCUCAGAGAGUGCCAUCUCCGCCAAGAGCCUCCGUGGCAGGGAGGGAACUCGCAAACCAGGCGAGCCAGCUGAGAAGGACAUGGUCCCAAUGGCCUCUCCUGCUUUCCUUCUCUCUCUCUUUGACGGUGGCACCAGGGGUCGCCGUAGCGCAAUGGAGGCAGACCUGAAAAUGAAGAAAUAGACUUGAGCAAGACCUUUGGAUGCAAAGAAGGAAGGAAGGAAAAUGAGUGGCUGUGGUCUAGUGCUUUAGUAGAGAGCUGUUCAGUCUGUGGGCCUAGCGUAUUAGCAUAUGUGCUAGUGCAUUUGUUAUUUUCUAUAGAUGAACAUACGGUACGUGAGGAUAUCUUGAUGUGCUUUGAUAGAGCUGCAGCUAUUUUUUCGUAUGGUUAGCACCUAGGACCAUAUUCAAACAUCUCGUUUGGUGGUGCAUUCAUAGACGAUAUUAAGAUUGUGAAACACAUUGGAAAGAUAAACUUGCUGUGAAAUUUGAAGACUUUUCUUCGUAUCGAGUCAGUUCGCUUAGUUUUUCCAGUCAAGGGUGUGUGGCGUGAUCAGAGACAGCUUGUGUAAUGUGUUCUAGAUGAAAGUAAGAAAACAUGUUUUGUACCCAUGUGAUGGACCAUUUAGCGUUUGUGUUUGGGUAGCUGAUACAUGUAUAGCUACCUAGCUACAUAGUUUUGUUGUACAUUUGUUAAAUAAAAGAUUUGUUUUCAACUAUGA